CUGGCUCGUCCGGACCAGCGCCGGCGCCGAGGUCGCUCCUACGGUUGGUCUAGUCCAGUAUGCAGCCCUGAGCCUGCCUUAGUCCACACCGAGUCCAGCUCUCUGUGGCUGUUUGAGUGUGGCUCCGGCUGUGCCCUAGCUGCUUCAUUUUGUCACUUCAUCAAGAAAAUUCUGCAGCUCCGGAGGGUCCUGCAAAUCCCGCUUCCAGCUUUCUGAGAAGGCAGCAUGGCUAUCACCCUGCAGCCCAGUGACCUGAUCUUUGAGUUUGCAAGCAACGGGAUGGAUGACAUCCACCAGCUAGAAGACCCCUCAGUGUUCCCAGCUGUGAUUGUGGAGCAGGUACCCUAUCCCGAAUUACUGCACCUGUAUUCAGGCCUGGAACUGGACGACGGUCACAACGGUAUUCUAACGGAUGGGACCGUAUGCAUGACGGAAAAUCCGAUCCUGGAGGGCAGGUUUUUGUUGACAGAUGACAAUGAGGCAACCUCGCCCACCAUGUCAACCACUGAAGUCUUGCUCAAUGUGGAAUCUCCCAACGACAUCCUGGAUGAGAAGCAGAUCUUCAGCACCUCUGAAAUUCUUGCUGACUCAGACGCUGCUCCAGCCGUCUCUCUGCCCAACUACCUGUUUCCUACCUCUGAGCCUGAGGCCCUGAACAGGGCAGGUGGCACAGGUGACCAGGAGGGGCAAUCUCUGGAGGAGAAGAGCCUCCAAGAGGAGAAUGCUAGAAAGACGGGCAAAUCAAAGAAGAGAAUCCGGAAAACCAAGGGCAACCGAAGUACCUCACCUGUCACUGACCCCAGUGUGCCCAUAAGGAAAAAAUCCAAGGACGGCAAAGGCAGCACCAUCUAUCUGUGGGAGUUCCUGCUGGCGCUUCUGCAGGACAGAAACACCUGCCCCAAGUACAUCAAGUGGACCCAGCGAGAGAAGGGCAUCUUCAAGCUGGUGGACUCCAAAGCCGUGUCCAAGCUGUGGGGGAAGCAGAAAAACAAGCCUGACAUGAACUACGAGACGAUGGGGCGCGCCCUAAGAUAUUACUACCAAAGAGGCAUCCUGGCCAAAGUGGAAGGGCAGAGGCUGGUGUACCAGUUUAAGGAGAUGCCCAAGGAUUUGGUGGUGAUUGAAGAUGAGGAGGAGAGACGUGAGGCCACAGCCGAGUCCCCUCAGGCCUCCACUUCUUCCACCACUACCCCCCGCCGAGCCAGCUCCAGGGUCUCAUCCAGAGCUGCCACCCAGGGCAAGGGUGGCCCUUCCUGGGAGAAGCCAAAGAUUCCACACGUCGGGCUACAGCCCUCGGCGAGUCUGGAAUUGGGGCUGUCUCUGGAUGAGGAGAUUCCUACUACCUCCACUGUGCUUGUCUCUCCACCAGAGGGCCAGGCCAAACUCACCCAGGCCGUGAGCACUUCUUCAGUGUCGGGCAACAUCCAUCUAGGAGUGGCCCCUGUCGGGUCGGGCUCCGCCUUGACCCUGCAGACAAUCCCUCUGACCACGGUGCUGACCAACGGGCCUCCCGCCAGUACUACUGCUUCAACCCAGCUGGUUCUCCAGAAUGUUCCACCUGCUUCAACCUUCAAGGACACCUUCACUUUGCAGGCCUCCUUCCCUGUGAACACCAGUUUCCCAGAGAGCCAGGUGGUGGCACCAGGGCCUCCACUGAUUCUUGGUGGCCUCCCCCAACUUCUAGCUGGGGCCAACCACCCAACCAACCCAGCGCCACUCCCAGUAACGGCUGCUGGACCAGCAGGGCCCAGCUCUCAGCCCCCUGGGACUGUCAUUGCUGCCUUCAUCAGGACUUCCGGCACCACAACAGCUCCCGGGGUCAAGGAGGGGCCACUCAGGCCCUCCUCGUAUGUGCACAGCAUGGUGACUGGGGCCCCCAUGGGGGGGCUGCUGGUUCCAGAAGAGACCCUGAGGGAGCUCCUGAGAGAUCAGGCUCACCUUCAGCCACUCCCAACCCAGCUGGUUUCAAGGGGUUCCCAGAAUCAGAGCCUUAUGGGAAACCAGACUUUCUCUCCACCCAGCCGCCCCACUGUUGGGCUGACCCCAGUGGCUGAACUUGAGCUCUCCUCAGGCUCAGGGUCCCUGUAUAUGGCUGAGCCUAGUGUGACCACCUCUGGGAGCCUGCUGGCCAGACCCCCAACUCCAGCCCCCUUCUCUCCAUUCAACCCAACAUCCCUCAUUAAGAUGGAGCCCCAUGACAUAUAAGGCAAGGUAGAAGGGGAAGUGUAGCCCACUAGGCCAAGUUGAGUGGCAUUUU